UCGCAGACGCGUUUGUUUUUUCAUAAACUUUUACCAUAGUUGUAAAUAUAUGCUUGUAAAAAUAAUGUUGUAUUUUGAUUUCAUGAAAUCUUUAAGCAACUGUUCUUCCCCUAGAUACAUGCAUACCGUCGGUGCCAUUUUAAUUUUGCAAUUUUCCUCUAGGCACCACACCCAUGCAGCAGCCGCAGACUGAUUGGCAGGUACGUGCGGACGCUGCUGCGAGUAUACCCAACCCCAUGUACGCCUGCAAAGCAGGCGCCACACCCAUGCAGCAGCCGCAGACUGAUUGGCAGUCACGUGCGGACGCCGCUGCGAGUAAACCAAACCCUUUGUACGCCUCCGGAGCAGACCGCACGAGUCAGGGUGGAUCUGGCGGCCGCGGUGCCCUCUGUAGCUUCAUCCUCUCCAACCGCAGCUGCAUGACCGCCGGCAUUGCCGUGCUGGUGAGCCUGAUCGCUGUGGGACUUGUCCCUCUGGCGGUCGACAUCAAUAAAGAGCGCAAUGAAGACGACAUGCGCCAACUUUCCACCACUGUUGACGCCCUGAAGCUCGGCCUGGAAAAGGAACGAAACCGAACCACCGCCUUGGAGCAGCGUCUUCAGGAGAUGAAUAUGACGCCAGCUGCAGGUUAG